AUGCAGGCCAUUCGAACGCGGGCUGUCUGCAUCGCGCGCCAGUCACGGCUGACUGGCCUGCGCCAAUCGAGAACCUACGCCUCCGGAGGUGACCACGGCCACCACCACGCCCACACCGUCGAGGAGCCCAUUGGCAACUUCUUCUGGGCCGUCGUCGCCAUUAUCCCGUCCGCAUACGCCGUCUACAAGAUCACCGCCCCCGGCAAGGACGGCGAGCCUCCCUACCUCACCCAGAAGAUCCACGAGGCGUGGCACUGGCAGGAGACAUGGAAGGAGAGAAACGCGCUGCACACCAAGGCCGUUGAGCAGGCCGGUUUCGACAGACUGCUCUUCUUCUCCACCCCUGCCAACCGCGAUGUCGACCUCAGAUUCCCCGAGGCCGUGUCCAACUUCGCCGCCCGCAACGUUAUUGCCGGUUCCCAGACCAACCUGGACCACGUGAUUGCCCACUACAAGAAGCAGCACCUCGACGAGGAGGAGCGGAAAGCAAAGAAGCUUGCCGCGCAGAAGCAGUUGACCAUCCUCCAGUAUGCUGUGGUAGCAACAGACGAAGAUCAAGACGAGUGCCUUAGCUUCACUUGCUUGAUCUUGCUUGGCGUCCUGGGGGCGGCUAUUGGUUUCCUGAACUUCUGUAAUCAUUACUCUAUUAUCAAAUAUGUCCCGUGCUCCACCGACUUCCUUCCCAUUCCUGGUGAAUCUCAACACUUAUCAUCGUCACAAAGAGCAGCUUCCUGGUAUCUGCCUUCCACCAUAAUUUACUCUGCUUCUCUUCUUGAACUCAUCCUCUUCUGUCGCCUUUCUCCCAUAUCUUCUCCUUCGACAGACUUCGUCAUUCAUCACAAUCCGCAUUAUCCCCAAGACUUUCUUCGUUAUUCAUCCAUUCUUCUUGUUAAUCGUCCCAUCGUAGUGCUCGUCGAGUACUUAGACAUUUCAUACACAACCCACUAUACACGACACGAGCUUUACGUCGUCGGCAUCAAAAUGUCGCUACUACCCAUGCCUCACAUGCUCAGCUUCAUAGAAGGCCCGAGGAUAGCAAUGAGAAAUUACCCAAUCGGGGCUGCCAUUUUCCAGGGCCCGGCCAUGUUCAGGGAGGGAUUGACGAUGCCCGCUGCCAACGCAAUCAAGGGGCUCUACCGGGAAUUCUGCCCACGGCUGGAGGAAGUUCCCAUGUCGCGACACAUAAUGAACGCUAUGCACCAUUCUAUACUCUGCGAGUUCAUGAACACCAUUGGAUUCAUGGUAUUCGGAAACCAUCUCAUACCUCUCGACCCUAACGAGCUUCUGCCUUUUGGAGACCCGAACGGAAAUGCCCGGUUCACCGGAUACUACAAUGACACCAUCUCUGUUUUCAGAGCCACAAGGGACAUCGCCAUGGGCGAGGAAAUUCGGAUGUGUCGUCCAUCUUUCAUGUGUCUCUGCACGCUAUGCUCUGUUCCGCCACCAGCCACAGCCUUGCGGCUUAACCCCGCAGCCUUCCCGUUCUUUUCCACCGCUGGCAGUGCCACCAGUAGCGGAGCGGUCGACAAAGAAAGACACGUGCAAGCCGACGGGUGCGAGGAUGACGAGGAUGGCGAGAACGGCGAUAACGAAGAAAGCAAUGAAAGUGACCAAGACGAGGAAGAACAAGAGACCCUCGAGAUUCCAAAGCGAAAUAAAGGCAAGGGAAAAGCCGUUGAUAUGGAACUCGACAACGGUGAAGGUCCCAGCAGGCCCAGAGAAGAGUGGCAGGUCAGGGCAGAGGACCAGGAAGAAGCCCCAAAUCUCUACUCUGGUACCGGAAAUAGUCCCCUUUCCUUUCGAGCAGCCUUGGCGCUACCGGCUCCGGGGUCUGCAGGGUCAAGACCUCGUGACCCUCUGACAAUGAAUCCGGCCACCCCGUCUACUGGUAAUCAGCAGCAAAAGAAGGUCGCCAAGUCCGACAGCGGUGGUGAUGCAGAACAUGUUGAGGUUGUUGCCAACAGGGACGGAGCGAACGAUAUGGCACAAAACAAGAAGCUAGGCCGCACAGCUAGAUUCAAACUGGUCUUGAGGAAGAAAUUUGGAAUCAAAGACAAGCGCGAGGCCGGGAAUAACAAGGAUAACCAAGCUGAAGGCGAACAAAUAGAGGACAACCAAUCCGGUGUCAAACAUCCUGGUGACGGCGAGCCGGCAACCAGCGAACAUCAGGAGUUGGCAGAUUAG